ACGUAUAUACACCAUUGAAGCCAUUCGAUCCAUUGAUGUCUUGUCUAAUUGCUCAUAGGUCCUCCUCGGUGUCAUGUCUGGUGCUUUCUUGAUCGCUGGAUGGUAAAUGAUCUCCUCCCCACUUUGAACCUUUUGACACCGAUCGAAACCCGCAAAAAUUCCGAUAUCAUUCAAUCCCCACGCAGACGACAAAACACAAUGCAAAUGCUGAUGGGGUUUUCUUUAUUGAAUAAUAGGUACUUCGGCAGAAAGCCCACCUCCGUCAACUCGGAGAGCAACGUCCGCAUUGGCGAGAGUGCCAUGCCCUGGCACGCGGCCGAAGAGGAUGGCAAGGUCUACAAGUACCAGUACCACCCUCACGGUGACAAGAGCCAGCCGCUCAGAAACGCUCCCAGCGCUCUGAACACCGUUAUCGUUCCCAACGUCACUCUCCCCGAGGACCUCCACGAGCGUUUCAACAAGUACGGAAAGGAGGAAUGGGACUACUAAAUGUUCGCCUAAAAAAAUUGGAGCUGAAG